CGUCAACAAAAAAACACACAAGUCCCGUUUUCUUUGUUCAACUGUUGUAAAACCGUUUGAAGAAGAUUGGGGCCAGGAAUCGCUCCUUGGGACCCCGCAAUUCAUCCAGCCAAUCGGGACUCGGGAGCCGCUCUUUCACCAAGCCAAGAGUCGCUGACAUCAGCAGCAAGGGGACAAGGCCCGGGGGGGAGGGGUCAGCUAACCCCAACCCUCCGUUGAGCUGGGACCCCUCUCUUCGACGUGGUGAGUGGGGCAGCUGAGGUCCACUUCCUCCAACGGCCGAGCCGGGUCUUGUCAUGGUCUCUUGGUCAGGGGUAGGGUUAACUUUGGACAGGGCCCUUUCCCAGACACGACGACCUGCGACGUUAUCUGCUUCAAAAGUUAUCGACGGCUUGUGUUUAGCUGCGUCUAUGGUAGCCGUGGCCUGGGGGUUUAUGUUUCAUGAUUUUCAUCUUGGUUUUCUGUUGAUUCCCUUUGGUAGGGCGAUCUUGUUUCCUUCUGUUCUUCUUCAGGGGGUUUUCCUGAAGCGGUCGGUUUGUCGCGAUCCCUGAAAAUAAGCAUUUGACGCGAUUGAUAUCAAGACCGUGCUUUCCCCCUUUUUUGUUCCUCUUGACCUUGCAAAGUUGCAACCGUCAUUUGCUUUUGGGUUUUCUUCGGUCGGUCUUUUUCUAUUUUUCUAGGCAUUCCGGAACUUUCCGUUUUAGCAAGACGACAGUCGGAAUUGGGGGCAUUCACAGCAUUGCAAGGAGACACCAAGCAAGAUGUUCUCCGGCCUGGCGCAAAAGGCAGCGUUCAAAAAAAUCGGCUUGCCAUCUGACACCUUCUCACAAAUCACCAACGCCUUCAGCAAUGACACCUCGUCAUCAGCACAACCGUCCAGGCAACCAAACAAACUCAGAAAAUCACCCCCAGACCCCAACAACACCGACAACAAAUCCUGGUUCUCGGUUUCCUCCCUCCCACUGACCGUCCAACCCUGGCUCUCCCCACCACCACCCCCAGUCCCAGUUUCCAAACCCCCCAGAAUAGGCGACCUAGCUCCCACGGACCCAGACCGCAUCUUAUCACCACAACUCGGCCCCUCAGGCGGAAACCGCAAGACAAUCGUUGUCUUUCUCCGCUGCGUCGGUUGUGCCUUCGCCCAACAAACAUUCACCGACCUUCGCAACCUCUCCCUCAAACACCGCGAUGUAGCCUUCCUAGCAGUAUCCCACUCCUCCCCCGCCGCCACAGAGAAAUGGGUUUCCCUCAUCGGCGGCAAGGGCAACGUCAAGAUCGUCUACGACCCCCAACGCAAGAUCUACGCUAGCUGGGGCAUGGGGACGGGUGGGUGGGGUUACUUGCUGAACGUGAACACGCAGGUGAACGGGUUCAAGACAAAGGGGUGGUUGGGAACGACUGUGGCGGCGAGUGUGGAGAGGACAGAGGGGUUUAGUUCGAUGAAGAGGCUGGGGCAGGGGGGGGUGGAGGAGGGGAUGAAGAUGGGGAAUAAGUGGCAGGAGGCUGGGGGGUGGGCGGUGGAUGGGAGGGGGAGGGUGGUUUGGGGGGGGAAGCUUGCAAAGGCGGAUGAGAGUUUGGGGUUGGAGGAGGGGGUGAGUUUGUUGAAGUUGUGAUGAUGGGAGGGGGUGAAAAGUAGGGUUUGUUAUGAUGUGAUGAUUUUGGGGGUUUAGUUUGGAGUUUAGGCGUUUGUGUAUCGAAUAUUUGGGUGGGCAUGGGAUCUGAAUACGACCAAGAUCAGAACGGAGCUCAACAAGAGCUUGCUAAGCCCAUGAAAAUGUCAUUCAACUCAUUCCAAUCCCUGAACUUUUGUUCCACC